UCAACAGUGAUGGAGCCUAGACUGAUUCAUCUGUUGUUGAUCUCAGGAUUUCUCUCGGUCAGUGAGUGCUCCUCACGUGACUAUGUUCUGAUCCAGGAGCUUAAAACGUGGAACGAGGCUCAAGCGUACUGCAGACAGAACCAUGCUGACCUGGCCAUUGUCCAAAGUGAGCAGGACAGGGAAAAAAUCAAAAAAAUAUCACCUAACAAAGCUUUGCUAUUAUGGAUCGGACUGUAUGAUGAUGUGAAUAGCUGGCGUUGGUCUUUUAAUAAUGAAAACGUUAUGUUUACAAGAUGGGAUUUUAUUCAGCCAGACAACGUGGGAGGAAACCAAGUUUGUGGAUCUCUUCGACCAAAUGGAAACUGGCACGACCUUAACUGUAAAAACCAGUGUGUCUUUUUAUGUCAAACCGGAGGACAGCCAGAACUCGUUUCUCAAAAGACAUCCUGGUUUGUUGCUCAGAAUUACUGUAGAGAACAUUACGAAGACCUGUUCACCGUGAAGACCAAUGAAGAGAAUCAGCAGCUCACCUCAAUGAUUCAGGAUUACUCUUGUGCCUGGAUUGGUUUAUUCAGAGACUCGUGGAUGUGGUCAGACAAGACCACCGUAAAUGCUUCCUCUUUGAAAUGGUUGUCAGGGCAACCAGAUAAUUUUCUUGGGGAUGAAAACUGUGCUGCUGUAGAUUUUCUUGGUAUGAUGUCUGAUACGUCAUGCUCAGAACUACUUUUCUUUGCCUGCAACAAAAUACCCUCAGUCCCCCCAGGAUAUGUGAAGCGACAGAUAUUAAGACUGGAAGUGAAAGCUGGAGAUAAUGUCACUGAGCAAGAUAUUAAAUCAGUCAUGUUAAAGGAGAUAAAGCAGAGACUAGGAGAGAAGGGGAUGUCCGAGGAUUUCAAGUUGGCAUGGCGUGUGCAGUCAAAUGGAUUGGUGUUCCAGAAAAUUCAGAAUGGAUCAUCAGAGAUGACCGAAGAACUUUAAUAGAAGAUGAUGGUUACAAACUGAAUGGAGUAGUAUUUGUAGUUUUAUAUGACAGGAAAGAGAACAAUAUACUUAGUCACUUUCUGCAUGUUUUAGAAUGAAUAUUUAGUUAAUUUAAUUAAACAUAUUAAUUAACUUUGAGUACAAUGAUGAAAUGCAUAUUUUUCUUAAAUGUAAUGCUUUUUGCUCUUAACU